AUGUUCACCACUCGCGCUCUCCGCCAGGCCGCUGCUCACGCCGAGCGCCAGCCCAUGAUCAAGUUCAUUGGUCCUCGCUCCAUUCCUUCCUCCGUCGACCACAGCCCCAAGCCUCACCCUGCCUCGCCCUCUGGCAAGCUCCCCGAGAGCUUCGCCGCCGCCGCCGACGGCUCCUCCUCCCGCCACGCCAGCUUCAGCUCCUACCGCGACCACGCCCAGCAGCACGGCCCGCUGCAAAAGACGAUUCGCUCCGGCGACGCCGGCAUCGGCGGCAUGUCCGGCUCUACCCUCGGCUCCGUCGACGCCCCCAGCGGCGUCUUCUUUGACAUUUCCGAGCUCCCCGCCCGCUUCCGCCGCCAGCCCAUCAACCUCGCCGAGAUUGAGGCCGUCGAGUCCGGUGGCGCCGCCCUCCUGGGCUAA